UCCUUGAGACUCUAAAUCUCCCCGAUACUGCCACGUGCCAUAACCUUCUGUCCCGCCUCGCAAAUCUAUCCGUUAACCCUAAUCUCUCUCUCUCUCUCUCUCUCUCUCUCUAGGGUCUCUGAAACUCUAUCUCUCUCCCAUUGAAGGAGAGAAAGAUCAAGAAAAGAACGCGAAUUUUUUGUUUCCUUUUUUUUUUUUUUUAAUUUUAUUGAUAUAAGGACACAAGUCAAAUGGGGAAACUUCUAUGCGAUUCAACUCCCGUCGCCGAAACGACAUUUCAACCCUCGUCGCCGGCCCUCCAUUGGAUAGAUCCCAAUGGGGCUUCUCUCGAAGCAGUUGAUCUAGUAGACCAGAGUGUAACGAAGAUCACCACGACCGCAUGGGAGGACGUGAUUGGCCUGGAGGACCAGCAAAGACGCCAUUUACAGAAACUCCAAGCCAAAGGUGUGCUUUGGAAGCAUCCAGGGGAUUGUAAUAAAGACUCUGCGCCUUCUUCGCUGCCAAGAUCGGUUAUUUUCAGGCUGUCUCACGGGGGAGAGGUGUCGGCGGACGGGAACUGCUUAUUCACCGCGUCACAAAGGGCAAUGAUGGCGCGUGAGAUGGACGCGCCGGAGCUGAGGAGGCGGACGGUGCGGCGGUUCUCGGAGGACUUCGUAUCUGGGAGUGAUGAAGAGAAAGAAGUGAUAAAUGACGUUAUUAGGCACAUGUACUCGCCGGAUCUGAAGAACGGAUGGGGGAUUCAUGUGGUUCAAGAGGUCAAGCUCUUGGCCAAGAAGGAGGAUCGCGUGAAUUUGGAUUACGCGAUCGAUGAGCUCGUUCAGCUGGGGAUGCAAAGAGAAAUGGCGGCCGAGUCUAUAUACAAAGAGAGAUGUAUUCCGGUGAAUGAUGGCCCCAGUUGGGCCAAAUACAUGUCGAUCUCUGGUUCAACUGAUGAUGAGUAUGAUAUCAUCACUUUGCAAUAUACUGAGGAGGGUUUAUUAUCUGUAGAUGAGAAUAGAGAAGGUCAUGCGGCGGCUUUUGGAGAUGAUAUAGCAAUCGAAUGUCUUGCAACUGAGUUCAAGCGAGAGAUUUAUGUGAUGCAAGCACAUGGAUCUGAUGCAAUGGUUGAUGAAGAGAAUUGUGUUUUCUUCCUCCCACAUCGUCCAAGAAGUGAAAUUUGUGAAGUUCCUUUCUUCCUAUUUAUGAAAGGAACAGGUUGGUGUGGUGCUGGAGCUGACCACUAUGAGCCAUUGAUUGGCCAUCCUUCUUCUCUUGUUUCCAAUGAGAAGUUUGCUGUAGUACUUUGAGGUAGUCCUACAGUUUUGCGGCUUAGAAGUUGAAUAGAAGUAGUUACAUUAUUUUCCCUCAUAUUAUUCGAUAUCCAAUGUUAUUAGCCUGAUUCUUUUGAGGAUCAGGAGGAUUUUUUUUUUUUUUUAAUUUUUUGUUGAGGUCAUGUAGAAUUGAUCUUUUGACUCUAGCUUGUAGGUUUGCUGCCUGCAAUUGAGCAAUCUUGUAGUAUUGGUGUAAUGGUUUUGCCGGCUUCUGUUUAUUGCUGUUGUUGAGUUUUCAGAAGGUUGCUUGAGUUGUAUAAGGGUACUAUUCUGUCUAAGCUGGAAUAGCACCAUUCUGUUGUAUUUUGAGCUGGAUUAAUCUAUUCAAUGAUAGAUUGUAGAAGUGAUUUUCCCCCA